AUGUCUACCGAUAAUAACGUUAUGGUAGUUAUUAAAAUUAUAAACAACUCUCAAUCGCCACAAAAUACUAGUAAAUUUUGUCGUUUAAAUUUAAAUAAUAAUUUAUCCGAUAUUCGUAAAAAACUCAAAAAUAGUAAAACCAUUAAUGACAUCGAUACAUUAUUGUUUUCAAAAAAAGAAGGCGACGAAUUUGUUGAAAUAACUGAAGAAGAUUUUCCAUUAGAAGAAAUUAUAGAAGUAAUUAAUAAAACAAAUUCAAAAAGUUAUUAUUUAUAUUUAAUGAAAAGUUUGAAUCCCAGAUGGAAAAUUUUGAAUGAAAAAUUUAAAUUAGAUUAUGGACGCACUAUGAGUUCUGAUGGAAUUAAGAUAGCUAAAAAAAGAGCGUUCAUAUUGAAAGACUGUGAAUUAAUUGAAUUUGGAGCUAAUGGAUAUAAAAAAGGACGUCUUGGAUUUGAAUCAAAAGAGGAUUGGAUGAAAAAAAGUAAUUUAUUUGUUAAUGUUGAUGGUAUUAAUGUGCAUAAUUUUGUGGAGUUUGGAUUAUCAAUUGAAAGUUCACAAAAUAAAAAUUAUACUGAGGAGAUUAAUUCAACUUACCAAUAUACAGAAAUUGCCAAAGUAUCAUUGAAGUUUGAUAAAGAAAAUUUAGUAUUAACUGAUGACUUCAAAAAUAAGGUAACUAAAGCUAUACAGUCUAAAGAUCAUAGAAGCUUUAGGGAAAUUACUGAGGAUUAUGGUCAAUUCAUUCCAACUGAAAUUAUUUUUGGAGGAAGAGUUUGUUUUAAAGAUAUUAAAGUAUCAUCAGAAAAUUCUUCAGAUAAAGCUAAAGGAGGUUCUUUUGGAGUUUCUUUCGGUUCUUCAAAACUACAAAUAGGACGUAAUUCUGGUAAAUCAGAAAAAGAAUCAAAUCUCUGUAAUUCUGAUUGCAUAAGAUUUCUUGGAGGAAAGCAUCCUGAUGACGAAAAUUUUGAUGAAAAAUGUUGGAUUGAAUCUUUAAAAGAUUAUCAAGAUUGGGAUUGUAUAGAAUUUAAAAAUCCCAUUAAUAUAUUUCAGCUUUUAUCUGAUAAUUUAUAUAAAAAAUCCUUUAUAUCUCUUGGAAAAAAAAUUCUUUAUACAGAUACUAAAGAUUAUAAUUAUAUUUUAUAUGGAGCUGGAAUGUAUCAAAUAUUUGAAUUAAAUGAUGAUAAUAUACCGUCACAUAUUUCAAAAAUCAUUCAAAAUAAAAAUGCUGAUUGUGAUAUCUUUGCAUCAGUUAUUAAUACUAAAAAUUCAAAAGAUAUUUUUUUUAAUUGCCAAAUUUUUCAUACCAAUAAUAAUAAAUCAAAUGAAAAACCAAGUAUUAUAAUUCAUAGCAUUCAAAAAGAAUCAAAAGAAUUUCAAAAAUGUGAAUAUAAAUUAAAAAUUAAGAUUAUGAUUAUUGGAUAUGAUAUUAAUUUUUCUUCAAAUAUUAGGGUUGAAUUAAUAAAAAAAAAAUAUAAUUCACAAAAUCAACAUGAAUAUUAUAAUAGUAUGAUAUUACAACCUAUUAAUCAUAACAAUUUAAUAGAAAAAAAUAUUCCAUUUUUUGGAAUUCCUAUAUUAAGCAACUUUAAUUCUUCAAAUAAUUCCAAUAUAAUUGGACACAAUUUUUGCAAAUCAGAUAAUGGACUUAAAAUAUACACAUUUUCUUAUUGUUCAAAAAAGAAUUGUUAUGUUAAAUUACCAAAAUUUACUUUUUGCACACUUAUUAUUUUAGAUAAUAUUUCUAAUACUUGUACAAAAUUACUUCCUUUUGAAUUUAGUAUGAUUAAAAACAAGCCAUUUAUCAAUCUUGAAAAAUUUACUGAAAGUUUAGAUCCAAAAUGGAUUAGUUUAUAUUUACCAAUAGAUAAAGAUUAUAGUCCAAUUUUUUAUAAUCAAAAGAAAAAGAAAAUUAAGGUAAAUUAUAUUGAUUGUAAAUGUAAUAAAACUUGUUUAGUUUGCAAGAGUAAAAAAUUAAAGAUAUCAGAUAAAGAUAAAGCCAUAUGUAUAAUUUAUUCUUUAAGUAAUAACCUUAUUAUAAAAUAA